CACCCCUGUCCGGCUUCUACUCCAUCUAAUGCCUAAAACCUCUCUGCCUGCCUCUUAGUCUUGAGAGUAAACAAAGACACGUUGGAACUCCUCAUCACCAAGCACGUAAGGGAUGCACCUUCUCCCAUAUAAACCACGCAAACGCGCAUUGCCCACUUCUCUGUCUCUCUCUUUCGCUCUCUCAAGUCGUCGGGACGAGUCCUCAUAGCACAAUUUCUGGUAACUUACAACCUCCUACUAUCUUAAUGGAGUCUCGGCCGCCGGAAUCCAACCUCAAGGAGACCAAAAAGCUGCUGCCACCGCCUUCCGGCGCCGCCUGCUCGCCACAUCAUCCUCCUCUCAAGUCCCCUGCCUUCCUCCCCUGCUGUCAACUCCUGACCGUCGUUUGCUUCCUUCUCGUCCCACUACGUUUCUUUCUUUACGCCCGCAACCUCUCCUCCCCACGCCUCCUCCUACCCCGCCCGGAUAACUCCUCUCGGCCUCCUCCACCUCCUUCCGCUAAUACCGUCACGGACUCGUGCUCCUCCGGCCUCAUCUUCGUCUACGACCUCCCGACAGCCUUCAACGCCGACGUCCUCGCUGCCUGCGACGAACUCAACCCGUGGCAGUCCCUCUGCGUCGCUCUCUCCAACGGCGGUUUCGGUCCUCCUGCUGGUGAACUCGCCGGAGUUGUCCCCGCCAACCUGCUCCCCUACUGGUACUCCACCGACCAAUUCUCCUUGGAGCUCAUCUUCCAUCGCCGCAUUCUUGCACACCGGUGCCGCACUGUGGACCCUUCCGCCGCCGCAGCCUUCUACAUACCCUUCUACGCAGGCCUCUCCGUCGGCAAGCACCUCUGGUCCGGGGACGCCGCCUCACGAGAUCGUGACUCCGCGCUUCUCCUACGCUGGAUCAAGGAGCAGUCCCCCUGGAAGCGAUCCAACGGAUCGGAUCACUUCAUCACGCUGGGACGGAUCUCGUGGGACUUCCACCGGUCGGGGAACGACGGCUGGGGCGGAAGCUUCCUCAACAUGGCCGGGAUGGAGAAGGUGACCCGCCUCAUCAUCGAGCGCAACCCAUCGGAUAACAAGGACGUCGGAGUACCGUAUCCGACGGGGUUCCACCCGCGUACCGCCGCCGAGGUCCGACAGUGGCAGCGAUUCGUGCUGAACAGGAACCGGUCGACUCUGUUCGGCUUCGCCGGGGCGCCUCGGCCGCAGGUGAAGGACGACUUCCGGGAUUUCUUAUUUAAGGAGUGCAAGAGAGCGGGGAAGGGCAAGUGCCGGUCGCUGGACUGGUGGAAGGUGCGGCGCCAGAACCGGAGCGCGGCGGCGAUGCGCCUGUUCCUGGACUCGACGUUCUGCCUGCAGCCAAAAGGCGACAGCUACACCCGGCGGUCCAUGUUCGACUGCAUGCUGGUCGGGGCGGUGCCGGUGGUGUUCUGGCGGCGAAGCGCGUACGGGCAAUACGAAUGGUACCUGCCGGGGUCCGGCGAGGAGAGGGAGGGGGAGUGGUCGGUGUUCAUCGACAGCCGGGAGGUGAAGAACGGGACGGUGAGCGUGAAGGAGGUAUUGGAGGGGAUAGGGGAGAAGAGGGCUCGCAAGAUGAGGGAGAGGGUGGUGGAGAUGAUACCGAGGCUGCUUUACGCCGCAGAAGAGGAAGGGCUGGGCGAGGGCAUGCAGGACGCAUUCGACGUGGCGGUGAAGGGGGUGCUCCAGCGGUUCCGGGGGCAGUAGCACCGGCGGCGUAGGGAUGGGAACGGAAUCUUCUCAUGAAUGGUAUUUUGUAUUUAUUACCUUUUUUAGCAUUUUCUUUCUCGAAAUGGAUACAUUCCUUCCGUAUUUGAGGCAGCAACGCCUGCACCGAAAAAAGGCGGAGGAGAGGGUUAAUGGAAAUCUGGGAAGAAGAUGCGUGCACCAUGGAAGCAUUCCGAUGCUGGAUAUAGAAGAUGAACGUAGUUAGUUUGCUCUGCUAGCAAAAAUAUUAAUUACAACGUUCUGAUGUA